GGCGCGCCGCCGGCAGCAUGGCGGGGGAGGCGGGCGGUGCUGCUCUCGGCCGCGCGGCCGACAAGCUCUUCUCCCUCAGCGGGCUGUUCGCCGUCUGCAAGCCCAAGGGACCCACCUCGGCCGCCGUGCUCAACCUGCUCAAGGAGAGGCUGCUGGCAGAAGCUGGUGUGCAAACAAGCGGGAACAAAAGAAAUCAGGUUUUGAAAAUUGGACAUGGAGGUACAUUGGACAGUGCAGCCACAGGAGUUCUGGUGGUUGGUAUUGGAAAAGGAACAAAAAUGCUGGGAACUAUGCUGGCAGGUUCCAAGAAGUACACUGCCAUUGGAAUGCUGGGCAAGGCUACUGAUACAUUAGAUGCUACAGGAAAAGUAACUGAAGAAAAACCUUAUGACCAGGUCACAAAAAGAGAUCUUGAAAAUGUGCUACAGAAGUUCACGGGGGACAUCAUGCAAGUUCCUCCACUCUAUUCUGCUUUGAAGAAGGAUGGAGAAAGGCUUUCAACUCUGAUGAAGAGAGGGGAAGCAGUGGAAGCAAAGCCUGCUCGGCCAGUAAGAGUGUACAGCCUUUCUCUCCAGCAGUUCCAGCCACCACUGUUCACACUGGGUAAAGAUGUUGAAUGUGGCGGUGGCUUUUAUGUCAGGAGCCUGGUCAAUGACAUUGGCAAAGAGCUCUGUACCUGUGCCACAGUGCAGGAGCUGACCCGCACCAAGCAGGGGCCGUUCACGCUGGAGGAACACGCCCUGCACGAAGACAAAUGGACAAUUGAUGAAAUUGCUCGGUCCUUGGAGCACUGCACAGCCCUGCUCCCAGGAGAGCCAUCUCGGAAAAAAUUGAAGACAGAGCAUCCUGGUGAAACUGCUGUGAUCUGUGAGGAUAAGUGAUAAGUCGGGUCAAGGAAAAAGACUGAAUGAUUGAGAUGUUUUAAGAUUGGAUUGGGAUUGUCUCGCCUCCUGUGUGAAUCUGCAAGUCUGUACUGGGCAGGUGGCAAACUGCAACGCAAGAGAAAUGGUUCUUCUGUUUUCUGGGGUUAGAACGUGCACUGAAAAUAUCCAGUGCUUGCUAUUUCCUGACUGUUUAUUUUCCUUCUUGUACACUGCAACCGAUGCCAAAUUUUUGUAAACUUUUAAAGAAUUUUCAGGGCACAAGAUGGCUGUUGUUGAAUUCCUCAAUAAAAGAAAUAUGUACAAUAAUGUCUGAUAAACGUGCUCCMAAAAAACUUUCUUUUUCUUUGUAGCUGGUAAUCAAAUCAUGAAAUGCCACCGUGACAAGUCUGUCAUAGCUUGAAAGACACAAGAAUGUGGUAUGGCAAUUUGCUUUCUUGAAAUCCCUUUCAGGAUUUACCUGUUUUACCGAAGUUUUUCCUUUGCAGAUUGUUCUUCCAGUCAAAUGUUCCUAGAAUGCAKUAUUUGAAGGUGCUGAUACUUUAAAUUAAGCCUGAAAUAUCAGCCUAAGGGAAUAGUUUUAAGUAUAAAAAAUCCCUGAAGGGAACUGGACCUUACAAAAAGGUAUUACGUGAAAUGGUAGUUCCAAACUUAAUUUCAGUCAAAGACAUUUAAUAAAUACCCUGAAGUUUUUCAUUGCAGGAUACCUUUCCAGACUUUUAAUAGGAAUUAUUUUUGUUUUCUAUACAAUACGAAACUGAAGUCUGUGCAAGAUUAGUGAAGGUGUGGUUUAGAGGGAGGAUAUACUUUGUUUUAUUUUUCAGUAAACAGACAGUUUUCUUCCUUUGUAUGUUCUUAUAAACAAUGUUGAAAAUAGCACAAGCAAAUGAAAUGUUAGAGCACUAUAGCAGCAUAUUUAAAUUAUAAUAUGGAUGACAUAACUGAUACAAGAAAUUUUGAUUUCAGGGWUGGGAGAAAAGCUCGUGUCCAGUAAGGUAACAGUGGGAGAUUUUUGUUUCUUUUUGGGGUGGAUUUUGUGGACUUUGGAUAGAAAUGGAGAAGAGAUUAUUUCCUAAAGAAAUCAAAUAAAGCAGAAAAUUUCAUUUUCCAGUAUACUUAUCUUGAAUGAUCAAAGACUUUAAUUGAAACACAGCUUUUCUUAUUGUCCAAAUCUGUAUUUUCCUAAGAACCUAAUUUAUGUUAUCCCAGUGGUUUUCUAGAUUAUGUUUUCAUUUUAUUUAUGUUCCUGAUUUUUUAAAAAUAGCACACUUGAUAUAAUUCUAUUAGUCUGCUUCUUUCAUCUUCAGGGAUUUGUUUCUUUAAAAAUCAGUGCAAUUGAGAAAUCUAUUAAUAGGGUUCAUUUGGAUACAGUGUUGUAAGUGUCUAACACAUCCUUAAUCUCAUCUGUUUGUUUAAUGCUCACCAAGCCUUUCUUGCUAUUCCAUGUGAGAGACCCUGAUAUUUUUAAUUUCAAAAGGAGAAUUCUAUUUUCAUCAGCUUUUUGGUUAGCUUGCAACUGGUGUGUUGUAAUUAUUGAUAACAGAUUUGUGAUCCUGAGAAGACAGGAUCUGUUCCAUAAUCUAAUCACUUGAGAGGAAUGAUGUGGCAAUUAAAAAAGGCAUCUUGUGGACAUAAACAACUUCUGGUUUAGGCUGUAAAUCCUAAUGCAUAUGGAAAGCAUAGGGAGAGAUGCAAUGCAGUUGUUCAUGUUCAGGAAUCUGCACAGAAUCAAAUCUGCACAAAAAACCUKUAAGACCAGGCCUGACCAUUACCCCAGCAGUGCCAGGUCCACCACAACACCAGCUUUAGCUAGGCCUUUUUCUCUGGAACUCCUUUCAUUUUCCCCAGUGCAUCAGAAAUUAAGGCAGAGUUUCUUUAUCUCAAAUUAAUGACAAACUUCUCCCCACAUAACUUGUAUUGAACUACAGAAGGUAUUUYCCUUAGCAGCUGGGUGGGUGUGUUUGGCUGGAGUUGUAGGUGGCUGGACAAAGCCAUGGCAGCAGGAAGUGUUCUUGGAAAAUACAGUAUGGAGAGUGCAUUAAAGCCAUGGACACAUUGUGUAAAAACACUAAUGAGUGUCACCCCUCUCCCCAUUCCAUUCCUAAACAUGAUCUGUCUUUUCAAACCUUCAAACUUCUCUGGCUUCUUCCCAGUGUUUUUCCUCUGUGCUGGGCCUCACUUGUAUGGUUUUUCCUAAGUUCCCCCAUGUUUUAAUGGUUCUCUGCACCCUGAGCCUUGAGUCCCUGUGAAUAGUAACUGGGAAGCUAUUGAAAAGUUCAAGAGUUGCCUGUUUAGAUCCCUUUUAGUAAGCAUUUAACCCAGUACCUUGAAAUUAUCCAGACCRGGGAGUAAGUGUUGUGUUCCCAUGGGAACCUGGGGAAAUACUCAUUUUAACUUCCUUGUUCUUAUUAACAUAUCAUCCCAAAGAUACCAGACUUCAGAAAUGGGCUAUAUCCACAGAAGAAUGUAUUUUUGUUAGAAGGAAAUCUCCCAUGAUUCUGGAUCUUAGGUACUGACAGUCAUGAUGUCUCAACAUUAAAGAGGAAGAGUGUGCGUGCAGUAUUUCUGAGACUACUAGAAGAGUUAGUACUUUUAUCCCAGCUGAAGCAAAUGGUAUUUAAUAGGAAUUUUAUGGUACUUUGGCCAGAAAAUGUGCGUGUCUGUGAUCUACCAUUUAAAAUAUAUCCGUGACACAGAUUGARAGAUUGGUUUCAUUUUAAUGAGCGUUGUUCAUGGGGAAGGUCCUGAUACAAAAGCGUGUCCUGCUUUUUUGAGCUGAGUCUGUCUUCAGUGUGGACUUGGUGUCUUUAGUCCCUGGAAAUGUGGUACCUUAGCCUGGCCCUGAGUGCUCCAGUGCUGCUGCUGCUUCAGUGASUUUGACAAGGGCUUCAGAGUUUGUCUCCCUUUAAUGUCUCUGCCUGCCUGGCUGUCUUUCUUCCUUAUUUAAAUGGCAGUUUUCACUUCAUAAUAUAUUUCUGCUGCCAGCAGAGUACAACUUUGAAUAACUCCCCUAAUUUUGGGAUACCUUAUUUCUUUUUAUUUUAAUAGAUGAUGAGUUUGCUACUCUGGGCAUGAAUGGCUCUACAACUCUAAUGAGUAGGGUCAUGCUGGUUGCUUGGCAGAGYCAAGGAGUGAGUUUGCAGUAGUGUGAAUUUUAUUAAAAGGCCUUACAGAAGCAAAGUGAGAGCGUGUGUGUGUGAGGGUGUGACUGCAAUAUGCAGCCAGAGGGAAAUCACAGAGACAGUGAAUGGAUUCAGCCAGCCUGGGCAAAAUUAUUGUCUCUAUUAAAAAGCAGUCAUUGUUUUUAAUAGCCAUGAGUUUAAUUCUCUGCUUUGUGAGACCUGAUUAAGUAAAUCACCAAUAGUUAAAGGCAUGUGAAACARGCAGGUUUAUCAUGUGCUUAUGUCUGCUUGGGGUGAGCAGGUGCCACAUCUCUUACUGUUUGUGCCAUCAGCUGCUAAGAUCAUAUGGGUGUAAACAGACAAAGCAAGAAGUUG